AGAAGAUCCACCACUAAUAACAAACAGGUGAUCUGUCUUCUCUCUGUGUGAGGCCGUGGGUCAUGCAGUGUUAUGACGUGUUCUGGUGAAUAAACAGGAGUGUGCUGGAGAUGAGUUUCACUCUCCGCCUCCUGGUUUCCCGUGGCGGCUCCUAUCAUGGACGCCUUCUGCUCGUCUGGUCUCAGUCGGUCCGAUCGCUGAGCUCUGGUCCUCGAAUCAGCCGCAGCCUGCAGGAGAGCUACCGGCUUCUGCAGCUGCCUGACGAGGGCAGCAGCAGUCCUGCGCAGGUGAAAGAGGCCUACCUGCGUCUCGCCAAGCUCUACCACCCUGACUCGGGGGUGGCAACCGCAGACGCGGUGCUGUUUGCUCGGGUCGAGGAGGCGUACCGUGCCGUGCUGGCGCAUCAGAGCCAAGUCAAGCAGCCGAGCAGAGAGAAGGAAGCUGACGAUGAGGAUGAGGAUAAGUUCAGAGGUGCAGCACUCCAGCACAGACACUACCUCAGCUACGAGGGCGUGGGCACAGGCACGCCCAGCCAGCGUGAGCGUCAGUACCGACAGAUUCGUGUCGACCGGGCAUCCGAGCAGGUUUUAAACUACCGACAGCAGGAGCACGAGAGGGCGGCGGCAGCGGAGGGGGCGCUGGUGGAACGAGACAUGCGCCAGCGCAGCCGCAAAAUCAAGAUCACCCAGGCGGUGGAGCGGCUCGUGGAGGAUCUGAUUCAGGAGUCGAUGGCCCGCGGAGACUUCAGGAACCUGAGCGGAGCCGGAAAGCCCCUCAACAAGUUUGAGCAUAAUCCCUACGCCGACCCCAUGUCCCACAACCUGAACCGCAUCCUCAUCGACAACGGUUACCAGCCCCCCUGGGUCGUCACGCAGCGCGACAUCAGAGAGGCCACCACUCAGAUCCGAAGCAGGCUGUUGGACGGACGGGCCCGGCUCAGUGACCCCGUGACUCCCAGAGAAAGCCGGGAGUGGGAGGAGCUGUGCGCGUCAGUGGAGGAGGACAUCGUCAAACUGAACAAGCUGGUAGACAAUUAUAACCUGAUCGUGCCGAUGCUCAGCAUGCAGAUGGUUCACUUCAGUUUGUCCCGAGAGAUCGAGUGCGCCACAAAAGGAGCUCGCCAACGCCGACUGCAGCAGCAAACGGAGAGAGAGAGGGAGCGCGAGAGGAGGAAGGAGGAGAAGAAACGAGCCAACGCCGCAGCGAUGACGAAGAACAGAAAACACGGACUCGUGUCGUGGAUGCAGAAUUUGCUCCGAUAAAAAAACAAACAGAAACCUGUUUUUUAAUGUAACCAGCACCAAAGGCCUGCCCGAAGGCACUGAAGCUACAUCUGAGUUAUUAAAUUAUUACCGUAAUUUCAGUGGUCACCAGGACAUAAACACUGCAUGUGCACGAUCACAGGUCAAAUCAGCUGACUCUGCCCACAAAGAAGCAUUUAACAUCUUUAUUUUUCCCUGGAAGUUAUGUUUCUAACAUCAGCUUUGCUGUUGGAUCCCAUAGAUUUCUGUUCAGAGGCCUGAAGUACAAAACAUCUUCAGGUAGAACGUCACCUCAGGUCGUGGUUAUACUGGUUAUACUGGGAAAAACAGAACAUAAAAACCCUCAUCCACUGACCAAUCAGAAGAUGUGGUUUUGUCGUCUUUUCAUUCUAAUUAGAUCAAAUUUCUGGUCUUUCUAAAAAAGUCUGAAAAACCACCGUGUUAUACACAGAACCUCUGAGGUGGUGUUUACGUUUAAAAGCAGGACCAGAAAGAUUUAUUUAUCACAGCUAAUGUUGGUUAAGACGGAUGAUAAGAUGAAUGUAAUAAAAGACCAAAGUGCUGCUGACAGAGUUCAAUCAGAUAAACCGUCAAGGAAGCAGAAUAGAUGAAUCUGAUGUAAUUAACAGACUAUAAGCAGUAAAUAUUUUUUCACAUUAAAGGUGCUUUUUGUAAUUAUCUUCAGCAAAUUUGAACUGUUUUCACAACAAGCAGAGCAGUGUGCUGCUCUGCUUGUUCUUUACUUUAAGGGCCCAGCUUCAUCCAGCUGAAUAACAAAAAGAUUAAACGGUCCGUUCUCGACUUGAUGCUUUUCCCUCCUCAUGGGGAGGAGGUGAAAGCAUCUUCCAGUCCAAAGGUGGAGGACACCUGGUAUAGCUAAUAGCUAAUAGAUAGGUGGUAUGUAAGGUGAUGUCAGGAAAGUUGAGGUUUUAAACUUUAAUAAAGGCUCAUCAUUUUGGAUCAUUUUGGAUCGGUCCUUGGUUUCUGUAGAUGUCCAGAAGUCGGGGUAUCCGUACCAAAGUGUAAGUGGUCGGAUCGUGUACCACACCAUGUCCUUGUUUGUUGCAUUAAGCUGCAGAGCUGAUAGACUGAUCCAGACUUUCAUUUGUUUGUUUAGUGCUCAGCCAAUCAGAGCCCAGCUCAGAACUCCAGGUGUUUCCUGUCAGAUAAAAGUUUAAAAGAAAUCAGAAUCAGAGUGCAAAGUGUGAGGAACCGUUGGAGUUAUUUCUGUGAAAUCACUGAAAUGCUAACCUGACACUGUAACUUUUGGCUAAUGUGAUCAAAUUAAAUGUGGAGAGUGUUGCAAUUUGAAUCA